AUGGACAGCAAUUUACAUCAGUUUCAAUUUAUAGGAGAAAAGUGCAAGGAGGACACAAAUAAAGCUAUAAAAACUGAUGAUAUUAAUGAACUAGGAAGUUUGGAAAAAACAAUUGGACUAGAAGGAUCACAAUCUAAGAAAAUUAAAAAGAGAAAACGAGAAGAUGAUGUUGAAAUUAGUAAAGCAGCAAAGAAAUUAAAAGAACAUCCAUUUGAUAAGGUCAAUGUCUCAAGACUUCCUACUUCAAUACUUAGCCAACUAGAAGAUAAGCCGAAAAAAUCUGUUUUGGACACGAAAAAAUCUCAAGUGAUAUCUACUACACCAUUCAAUGUAGAAGAAACCAAGAGACGUAAAAAUAAACCAUCAAUAUUUUUAGAAGAAAGUGUAUAUUUAAAUGAGUCACAUGUCGAAAAGAAGAAGAAAAUGUUACUUAAGAAACCUCAAGUUCUUCCCUUUGUACCUACUGCUGCUACUUCGGAAUACGGUUUUACUACACAGUUCAAAAUCAAUGUCAUACCCCAAGAAGUACAAAUCGGCGCAAGAGCCGACCGUACGGGUUCAAGGCGAACGCGCGCGGUCAGGUUCGAGGACACGGCGCGCCGCAUGGCAAGCAAGCCCCUUGCGGCGCCUCCGCCACCGCCUCAUCAUGAGUAUCCUUCUACUGAAAAAUUAUCCCUCCCUAUAUUUUUGUGCUCAGACAUGGAUCUGUAUAUCACGGACUCUCUCCAGGAUAUGCUGGAUAUGGACAUAAAAAAUGAAAUAGCAACAGAUCUAAGCAGUAUCACAGAUUUUUCCGAUUCGUUGGGAUUGAAUUUUGCUGAAAUGCCUCCUUUAUUAGAUGUAGAUGCCGACGCAUCUCCCACAUGGCUGAACACCACGUCCAGUUUUGUGCACAAUCUAGAUCUAUAUGGCUCCGAAGCAAAUGCUGUUAUGGUAAAUCCUAAUUCAGUUAUGCCUUCAACAUUUGCGGAAACACCCGUUAAAAGUGUUGUUAAAGAAGAGGCGUCAAACUUAUUAUUAACAUCAGCUGCAAACAACGAUUUAAACACGAGCACAUCGUUACCUAGUCCAAAGGAAGAAAAGAGUCACUUAACUUUUUCACCAAACGCAAUCAAAGUAUCAAAAGUACAAGAAAAUGAAACCGAAACCGUGCCCAAAAAAAAUUUAGAAGAAGCUACUCAAAUGGUGAUCUAUGUUCGCAAACAGGAAAAGAAUGUCGUUAAAGAUUUAUUAAGAGAUUUAGAUAAAUCGAAAAUAGUAAACACGACAACACCCACGGUGCGAAUAAAAGCACAACCAGAAGUUCUAAAAGUAAAUAGUAAAAAUUGUUCUGUUUUAAAUACUAACCAAAAAGUAACGCAACAUAUAGGAACGAAGACUAUUAUUUCUGGUAAUAUACAUAUUUUAGACGCCCAACAAUCUAGGACAAUUCUAGCAAAUGGUAAUAAGAAUCAAGCUACAAUACUAAUUGAUAACUCGUCAUUAAAUAGCAGUAGACAAUUAUUAAAAACCAGUAAUACGUUUACUGUUGAUACAAGUCAAAAUAAAUUCAUAAAUGCUAAUAAAAAUACAACUGGGAAUGGAGAAUUUCCCAAGCCUGCAUAUUCGUAUUCCUGCCUAAUAGCAAUGGCACUUAAAAAUUCAAGAACAGGUAGCUUGCCUGUAUCUGAAAUUUAUAAUUUCAUGUGCCAACAUUUUCCGUAUUUUAAAACAGCACCAAAUGGUUGGAAGAAUUCAGUACGACAUAAUCUUAGUUUAAAUAAAUGUUUUGAGAAAAUUGAAAAGCCAUCUACGAAUGGAAGUCAAAGAAAAGGUUGUUUAUGGGCAAUGAAUCCAUCGAAAGUGGGAAAGAUGGAUGAAGAAGUACAAAAAUGGUCUAGGAAAGAUCCUCAGGCAAUAAAGAAAGCAAUGGUUUAUCCAGAGAGUUUAGAAGCUCUUGAACGUGGUGAAAUGAAAUAUAGUGGAGCCAGUGCGGAGGCCGAUGUGGAUGACGAUGCUGACGCGGACGCUGAAGCAGAACUCGACGCUGAUGUAGAAAUAGACCCGGAGAUCAAAGAGGAGGUAGAAGAAGAGGAAACCAUUAUAGAGCAGGAGGUGUCAGAUCAAGAGUUGGAGGUGGAGGAGGUGGUGGAGGGUACGGGUAUGGUGGGCGGGACUUACCGUCUGUUGGCAGCCGGACACUCCGCACUCGCUUCUUACAUCACCGAGGCUGACUCCAACGACGAUCUCAGCGACGUCGAGGUGCUAGACAACUCCUAUGAAGAAAUUGAUAUUGGCAUUACGAAACCUGUGAAGCUAGACUUAUCUUUAACAGAGGAUUACUCUAUGUCUAUUAAUUUAAAAACGUAUGAGAAUAUCAGUGGACAUUGUGAUUGUGGAGAAAUAUACCAAGCAUUGUCGUCGGAUGAUAUACGGCUAUUGGAUUUUAAUGUUCAUGACCUUCUGGGCUACCGUUCUAACACCUUUGAUGAGUUAUAUAUCCUCAUCGGCGUUCCGUGA